CAGUAGAUAAUUCAUAUAAGGAAAGCAGCCAGUCAUGUGGUUGUAGGCGAGGCCGAGUACCACAUUUUCUUAAACCGGAAUAGAGCACCCUUUAUCUUGAUUUACGUCCUGCGCUUGCUUUUUCAAGCGAGCAGGAAAGGGGUAAUCUCUCUCUCUGAAGGAAUCAUGUUUUUUUUUUCUGGGUUAAUUUCUUUAAUUGAGAUCAAUUUCCAACUUAGGGCUGGAUUAUUCAUCGGUUGGACAUAAAUUUCCAAAUUGAAAUCGGGUGUUAAUUGUAAAUCAAAUAUUGGUAUCUUGUUGGAUAAAAGAGGCUAUUGAUCUCAGGAAUAUCGACCCUGAAACCAUGACAUUCAGCGCGAAGGUAUUGCUAAAGAAAGCAAAGAAGCUUGAGGUGCAAGGCUUCGAGAAGAAUAAAAUUGCUUUGACUUGUGCCUCUAAUCUUGAUCAAUUGCUUAAUGAGGUUUACAUCAGUCGUUUGCCAAAACAAAUUGAUUAUGAUAAUCGAACAGAUUUGGUUCGUAUCUUCAAUGCAAUGGUGAAGGAAAUUUAUGGCAAUCCUAAUGGUUCUCCUGUUGUGGAGGGAUUUGGAUCUUUUGUAAUGGGCAUAUUCAGUAGGGAAAGUGAUCUAGACUUAUCUAUCAAUUUUAGAGAUAGUGCAGCCAAAAUGCCUAAAGAGAAGAAAAUUCAGACCCUUCACAAGCUGGCACAAAAAUUAUAUUCCAUUCAAAGGGGAGGUCAUGUUAGUGGCAUUCAGACAAUCAUGACUGCUAGGGUGCCGAUUGUUAAAGUCAUUGAUCGUGGAACUGGGAUUGAAUGUGAUGUCUCGGUUGAGAAUAGGGAUGGUAUGGUAAAAUCCCUGAUUAUUCGUGCAAUUUCUACAAUCGAUGAUAGGUUUCAAAAGCUUAGUCUUUUGAUGAAAGCUUGGGCCAAAGCACAUGAUAUUAACAGUUCCAAAGAACGAACUCUGAACUCUUUAUCAUUAAUUUCAUUGGUUGCUUUUCAUUUGCAGACUCGGAAUCCUCCUAUAUUACCCCCAUUUUCUGCUUUAUUAAAAGAUGGAAGUGAUCCUGCAGCUGUAAUGAAAAUUGUCCAAAAUUACUUGAACUAUGGUAAAAGGAAUACAGAAUCCUUGGCUGAGCUUUAUGGUACUCUAUUGAUUAAGCUUGCUUCAGUUGAAAAACUUUGGCAGAAAGGGCUUUGUGUUAGCUUGUGUGAAGGAUCUUGGAUAUCUAAAGCUUGGGGUUCUCGGAUUUGCUCUAUGAGUGUUGAGGAUUUCACAGAUCAAUCUCAAAAUGUUGCUAGGGCAGUUGGAACAGAAGGAUUUGGAAAAAUACGUGGCUGCAUCCGCCGUUCACUUCUCUACCUUAAGGCUUUUUCAGAUGGCCAGAUGCAGGGAACUAAGCUAAAAGAACUUCUGUUCGGUGGAGAUACAUUGUGCAGUGUUGGGGAUAGUGUUGCUUCAAAUCUGGAUAAAAGUACAACUAAGCUUUCUGUUCCCAAUGAUUCUAAUCAAAUAAAGAGGAUGAAAUUAACAGAAAAUCUAGGAGCAAAAAAUCAAAGUAAAACUGAGGUUGUUGUUCAUUAUGGAACUCAUCAAACAAAGAAGAGGCAUUUUACAGGAGAUCUGGAUAAAUCAGAGGGUGCAAAGCGAGCGAAAGGACCACAGCUUUCGGACAGGAUGGUAGGAGUGCAGUUCAUGGAAGGUGGUCGGAGAGAAUGGAAUAAUUUUAGUGAAAAUAGGGGUCAUUUAACCACUCAUUUUGCUGCACAAGUUCCUUAUCUUAAUCCUCUUUCUCAUAGCUUAGAUAGCUUGAGAUGCCAUGGUCCAGUCAUGCUUCCUUCUUCUGCCCCAAACUUUACAAGUUUUCAAGGGAUUGCACCACCUCUUGUUCCCCUGUUGAAUUCUCUAGGUCUUAAUGUGUCACAAGGGAUUGCACCACCUCUUGUUCCCCUGUUGAAUUCUCUAGGUCUAAAUGUGUCACUUUUUAUGAACACACCUGCUCCAAUGCCACAUAUUGGACCAAUUCAUGCGCAACAUGCUCAGCAACAGCAACACACAGUACCAUGGAGACCAAGGAUGUAGGUUGUGUCCAUCACUAGAAAUCAAGUAAGUCUCCCUCCAGAUGCUAGGUUACAUGUAAAUGCUUUAGAGACCAUUGACUUGCAGGUAAAACUCCAGUUUGUUAUAAUUUUUAGUAGUCUUUUAUUCCUAAAUGCUCAAGAUAUUCUCAGUUUUCUUUUAACGAACAAAACAAUUUCUGGUUUUGGACGUUCAAAGUUCUCUUUUAGAUUUGUACAAAUUUUGUUUGAUCUUGCCAUUGCCCCCCUAAGCCCCAAACCUUCUUACCUGCCAUUUGUUUCACCCAUUUUCCUUUAUCAUUGAAAGAUUCGCUGUGCUGACAUGAUGGUGUUGAGGGUUGAAAACCAAGUGAUGUGGAAUAAGGGUGUUUUUUUUCUGCUUCUGAUAUUAGGUCUAAGUGCAUGAUCUGCUGUACAAUUGUUGAAAUUAUUUACAAUUGUUGAAAUUAUUAACAAUUUAAUGUAGAAUCAGAAACAACAAUUUAUGUCAUGAGGAAUUAUCUCAUGAGGAAUCAACAAUUGCUCCUGUGUUGAGUGAUUGAGACAAAGACCCAGUUAUUGGCUACCUUUCAA